AUGGCGUUCCGACGCGCGGCUCUGCGCCUCGGCGCCGCCGCGUUCGUCGGCGGCGGCGCCGUGGCGUUCUCCCCGCAUCCGUCGUACUUCGACCCGACCGGGACGUACGACACCUCGCGCGUGCUCCCGGUCGCGCGCGCGGACGCGAGCGGAGGGAUGAACACGCCGAAUUCCGAAACAUCCAAUGAUCCCCGCGAGAAGCUCGUGAUCCUCGGAAGCGGCUGGGGCGCCGUCGCGCUCGUGAAGAACAUCGACCCGAACCUGUACGACGUCUCCGUGGUGUCCCCCAGGAACUUCUUCCUGAACACGCCGCUCCUCCCCGGCGUGACCGUCGGGACCGUGGAAGCGCGGUCGCUCAUCGAGCCCGUGCGGCGCCUGCUCCCGGGAAAACCCGGACAGUCGCGAUUCUACGAAGCCGCCGCGAACGCCGUGGACGUGCGCGCGAAGACGGUGACGUGCGUCGACGAGAGCGAGAUCAAGGCUGCGAACCCGGGGUUCACGCUGUCGUACGACAAGCUCGUCGUCGCGAUCGGCGCGCCGCCGAACACGUUCAACACCCCCGGGGUGCGUCGCGGCGUCGUAAACUUUCUGAAAGAGAUCGACGACGCGCGCGACGUCCGGCGUAAGCUCGCGGACUUGUUCGAGACCGCGUCGCUGCCGGGCGUGAGCGAGGAGGAGCAGCGGAGGAUGCUGAGCGUCGUCGUCGUCGGCGGGGGGCCGACCGGGGUGGAGUUCGCCGCGGAGCUGCACGACUUUCUGAGGGACGACGUCCCGAAGCUGUACCCGGGACUCGCCGAAAAGGCGCGCAUCACGGUCGUGCAGUCCGCGGAUCACAUCUUGAACACGUACGACGCGCGCAUAAGCGAGUACGCGGAGUCCAAGUUCGCGCGCGACGGCAUCGAGCUCGUGACGAACGCGAGGGUGACGGAGGUGCGGCCGAACGAGGCGAGCGUGAUGGAUAAGAAGACGAAAAAAGUCACGAAGAUUCCCUUCGGCGUCUGCGUCUGGAGCACCGGCCUCGGGACGCACGCGCUCGCGAGAGAGCUGAAGAGACAGGCUGGCCAAAACAUGCGGCGGCGCGCGAUCGCGGUGGACAAGUACCUCCAAGUUCGAGGCGUGCGGCGGACGACGGGGAAGCCGGAGAUGCGCGGCACCGUGUACGCGUUGGGAGAUUGCGCCGACGUCAAGUCCAAAGCCGCCACCGGCACGGAGCUGCUCGACCGCGCGGACGAGCUCUUCGCGCUCGCGGACGCGGACGGCAACGGGACGGUGGACAAGGACGAGUUCCGGGCGGUGAUGAAGAGCCUGGAGGACAAGUAUCCGCACCUCGCGACGUUCACGAAGGGAGGGUCGGACUCGAGGUUGACUGACAUCAUGGAUAAGUUUGACGUCUCCAAGGACGCGGCGCUAAAUAGGACGGAGUUCCGCGCGGCGAUGGAGGAAGCGGACGCGCUGUUGACCUCGCACCCGAGCACGGCGCAGGUGGCGAAUCAGCAAGGGGAGUUUCUCGCGCGGGAGCUCAACGCGCAGGCGAGGGCGAAGAAGAACGGCGAAACGGUCGUGUACCGACCGUUUGAGUACACGCACCUGGGGUCGUUCGCGAACCUCGGGGCGAACAAAGCCGCGCUGGACUUACCCGGGGACUUCGUGAGCAAAGGCUACGGCACGAUGCUGCUGUGGUACGGCGUGUACUUCUCGAACUGCGUGUCGUGGAGGAACAAGUUCCUGGUCGUCGGGGACUGGUUCAAGAAGUCCUUCUGGGGGCGCGACUCCAGCCGCGUGUGA